CCCUUACCUUUAUUUAACACAAUGCAGUAAUACAAACACAACUUACAAACCACUCUCUCCUUUGAGUUCUUUGCUCUGAAGUUUUGGAGACUUCAAUCGAAGAAAUGAGAUUCAAUCAAUCUACCCAAACACGUUAUUAUGGGUGUCGGAAAUGCUGCUUAUUUCCAGGAAUGAAGUCCAUAUGUAUUCUGGUCGUUGUGUUUCUUCUAAUGCUUCCUAAUGCUGAUGCAUUUGAUCCAUUGGAUCCAACUGGAAAUAUAACAAUAAAAUGGGAUAUUGUCUCUUGGACAGCAGAUGGCUAUGUGGCUGCGGUGACGAUGAGCAACUUCCAAAUGUAUCGUAGCAUCAUGAACCCUGGAUGGACCCUAGGGUGGCAAUGGGCUAAGAAAGAAGUGAUAUGGUCCAUGGUAGGGGCUCAAACUACUGAGCAAGGAGACUGUUCCAAGUUCAAAGGAAAUGUACCUCACUGUUGUAAGAAAAAUCCUAUAGUGGUUGAUUUGCUCCCUGGAGUUCCUUACAACCAGCAGUUCUCCAAUUGUUGUAAGGCCGGCGUCAUGUCUGCUUGGGGACAAGAUCCUACAGGUUCCGUCUCAGCCUUUCAAGUGAGUGUCGGACUUGCAGGAACUUCGAAUAAGACGGUUAAACUUCCCAAAAAUUUCAAUUUGCUCGGUCAAGGACUAGGCUACACUUGCGGACCUGCUAAAGUCGUGCCUUCCACAGUCUACCUCACACCCGAUCGUAGGAGAAAAACUCAGGCAUUGAUGACAUGGAAUGUGACAUGCACUUAUUCACAAUAUCUCGCCUCAAGGAACCCGAGUUGUUGUGUUUCGUUCUCGUCUUUUUAUAACGAGACUAUCACACCUUGCCCUACUUGUGCUUGCGGAUGCCAGAACAAAAACAACUGUGUUAUGAGUGAUUCAAAGCAGGCACAUAGGAAAGGGAUAAACACUCCAAGGAAAGACAAUGCACCAUUGCUGCAAUGCACACAUCAUAUGUGCCCUAUUAGGGUGCAUUGGCAUGUUAAAUUAAACUACAAGGACUACUGGCGUGUGAAGAUCGCCAUCAUGAAUUUUAAUUACCGCAUGAACUACACACAGUGGACACUUGUUGCACAGCAUCCAAAUCUCAAUUCCGUCACCCAAGUCUUCAGUUUCGAUUACAAGCCUCUGGUGCCCUAUGAAUCCAUAAACGAUACAGGCAUGUUUUAUGGCAUGAAAUUCUACAAUGACCUAUUAAUGCAAGUGCCUCAAGGAAAUGUUCAGUCAGAGGUGCUCCUUGGGAAAAACAAGGAUACAUUUACCUUCAAGCAGGGGUGGGCAUUUCCUCGGAAAGUCUACUUUAACGGCGAUGAAUGCUUGCUGCCACCUCCAGAUACCUACCCUUUUCUACCAAACUCUGCCAAAAUAAAUUCGAUUGCAGUAUCGGCAAUGAUGUUAUCACUCCUUAUGUUUAUUUUGACCCUUUAGAGAUCGCAUGCAGAGAAGAAGAUUCUAAGAAACUAUUACAACACAUAAAGAAGAGUGGUUUGUUUACCAUAGAGCUUUGUUGGGAUGAUUUCUAGAAGCUUACAGAUCAAGUCCGGAUGGACAAUUUGUUAUAGUAGUUGGAAAAAAAAUGUGAACUAAAUACAAUUGCUUUUGAGCUGCAUCAAUGCAUCAUGGUGCAUGUCUCAAUUGGAACAAAACAAACAAUAUAUCACUAUAAUUUCUCAGA